ACGCUGCCUGGUCGCCUAGCAACGUGCCAAUUCGGAGCGAUGGAGGCCAACAGCAGCAGGGAGCUCGAAGCCAGGAAUUAUUUGGAAAAACAUCGGAUUAUGGAGUUGCUGACCUCUCUCGCCAGCGCCCUCCUCUUUUUCCGGCCGGAAAAACCAAGAGAGUAUUUAAUAUCUAUAUUGGAACGGCUGAGAACUGCCAAAGUAUCAGGCGUGGCUUUCCCUUUCUUUAUGGAUAACUCUAACAUUGCAGCCAUGUUUCAGAUGCUGGACUCCUCGAAUAAAGGAUCCAUAUCAUUUAUACAGUAUAAAGAAGCCCUAAAAACCCUGGGUCUGUGUACUGCAGAUGAAGUUUUAAAAGAUGAUGGACAUGGAAUAACUUGUGAAAAAUUCAUGCGUGAAGUGAACAAGAGGACUCAGGAAAUAUGGUCAGCAUUUUAAUAACAUUUUAAGUCCAAGAUAAUAAAUGAUUCUAUA